UUAACACGAGUAUAUGUGUGGAUAUGACUCAACCUUUGAUUAUUGUGUGGACAUUAUGUAGUAGGGAGGGGCUGAGUGGGAGCACAAGUACACCAAGGGAGAGAUAAGGAAGUCUGAGCAGGUUGUCGGAUGGAUAAUACAGCACCACGAUGUUUCAGAUGUUAUUCUCUCCUGGCUGUGAUCAGUCUUUUCGCUCCUCCACAAUUAUGGCUCUCUUGUCUUUCUCAAGAGGAUUUAUGAUACUGAGCAGAACCAUUGCUUUGACUGGGAGCAGCACCUUUCUUCAUGGGUGUUUCUGAAACAAGAGUCCUUCAAUAUGCUGAACCAUCCUUCUCCUCCCACACGAAAGUGCCUCUUACUCUCCCUUCUGUUGCUGGUGUGUGCCUGCAACAAGGCCACCUGUUUUCUCGGGGAGGGCAAGAAGAUUUGGAAGCAGGCCAACACGGACCACUUCAACCAGUCUUUCUUUCAUGACACCUUCCCUUCAGGAUUCCUUUGGGGUUCGGGGACGUCUGCCUUCCAGACAGAGGGAGCCUGGGAUAAGGAGGGGAAAGGCCCAUCCAUCUGGGAUCAUUACAUCCACACCACUGUCAGAAAUAAUUUAUCAACAGAGACGGCCGAUGUGGCUAGUGACAGCUAUGCUCGCUGGGAAGAAGAUGUAGAGGCGCUGAAGUAUUUAGGUGUAACAUCAUACUCCUUCUCCCUCUCCUGGCCCAGACUCUUUCCUGAUGGGAAUGCCACAGGUCUGCCCAACCCAGCUGCUGUGGAGCACUACAACCGUCUCAUAGAGAGGCUCCUGGAAAAGAAAAUUGAGCCCAUCAUCACCCUUUACCACUGGGACCUGCCACAACUCCUGCAGGAGCUCUAUGGGGGCUGGAAAAAUGACACCCUGGUGGGACUGUUUGAGCAGUAUGCUGCCUUUUGUUUCCAUGCAUUUGGGAGCCGCGUCAGGUACUGGCUCACAAUGCAUAACCCAUACCUGGUGGCUGUGCAGGGGUAUGGAACAGGCUUGCACGCUCCCGGAGAAACAGGCGGACCUGCUGGCUCUCUCACUGUGGCCCACAAUCUAAUCAGGGCACACGCAAAAGCCUGGCACACCUACAACACCCACUUCCGUCCAGCUCAGAAGGGUAAAGUAUCCAUCGUUUUGGGAUCCCACUGGGUAGAGCCUCAAAGAGGCGCAGCCACAGCUGCUAACGUUGAGCUCUGCCAGCAAUCAAUAGAGGCUGUACUUGGCUGGUUUGCCAACCCCAUCUUCGGUGAUGGGGACUACCCACUCUCUUUAAAAAUCAAGUAUGGGGCUCUCUUGCCCAGAUUCUCCCCUGAGGAGAAGCUCUGGGUGCAGAGAACAGCGGACUUCUUUGCUCUGUCCUUUGGGCCGAAUAACCUCCGUCUGGGCCGGAGCGUGGUCCAGUACGGGCAGACUGUGACCCCGGACCUGAGGCGCAUUCUGGGCUGGAUAAAGCUGGAGUAUGGGGACCCGUCAGUGCUGGUGACUGAGGGGGGCUGGUUUACUGAAGCCAGUGUGGGAAAGGAGGACACAGUGGUCAUUUACCUUACCAAGAGGUUUAUCAACCAGGUCCUACAGGCCAUCAAGCUUGAUGCUGUGCAAGUGAUUGGAUACUCCGCUUGGUCACUGGUGGAUGGAUUUGAGUGGAAUUAUGGCUUUAGUGUUAGGCGAGGUCUUUUCUACAUCGACUUCAGUCAAUCAAACAGACCAAGGACCCCCAAGACCUCCGCUCAGUACUACAGGCGUGUCAUCUCUGCAAAUGGUUUCCCAAGUGAUGAAACCGCCAACGAUAUCAAAGGUCGUUUCCCCUGCGAAUUUCACUGGGGUAUUGCUGACUCCACUUUACAGGUCCACUCCUACCCUUUCUCACCACAAUUCACUGACCCCCAAGUGUACAGCUGGAACGUGACAGGGGAUGGAUCGCUGCGUCCAGUCCCGGGGAUGAAGAUGCACAACAGGCGGGCCCAGUGCACUGACUACUUGGCUAUUUGGGGUCAUCUCCGUCUGUUUGCAUCCACCGGGGCAUCUCACUACCGCUUUGCCCUAAACUGGUCUCUGCUGUUACCCCAGGGAGACCUCUCCAAUGUGAACACUGAGGCUUUGAGGUACUACCGAUGUGUCUUGACCGAGCUCAAGAAGCUGAACCUGAAGCCUGUCGUGAUUCUCUACUACCCCACACACAGAGCUCCAAACCUGGGCAUUCCUGGGCCGCUACAUGCAUCUGGUGGUUGGUUAAACUACAGCACAGUGGACGCCUUUCAAAAAUAUGCAGGACUGUGCUACCAGCAGCUUGGUUCCUGGGUUACUUACUGGAUCACCAUUAAUGAGCCAAACAGACUGGUAGAUUUUUAUUUCAGUGGGAAAGAGAAGCAUCAGGCAGCUCAUAACCUUCUUCUGGCUCACGCAAAAGCUUGGCGGCUGUAUGAGAGGGAACACUUUAGUCAACAGAGAGCUCUGGUAUCACUCGCAUUGCAUGCCGACUGGGCCAAACCUGCUAACCCCUUCCUGGACUCACACACAGCUGCAGCUCAGAGAUUCCUUUUGUUUGAACUUGGUCGCUUCUUAGACCCGUUACUUGGGACUAGCUAUGAGGAGAAACAUAGCAAUGUAGACUACCCACAAGAAAUGAAGGCAUACCUGAAGGAGAGAGCUCGAGUAAUGGGCCACCCCGGAUCCCCUCUUUCAAGUUUUACUAAGGCUGAGAGGGAGGAGCUGAGAGGAUCAUUGAGUUUCAUCGCACUGAACCAUUUUACCACUCGUUUGGUUUCUCCAUAUCCCCGAACACAAAGCAAUUCUCAGCAGAAAGAAGCCCCUGAUCAUGGCUGUCUCAUCCUAACUGAUCCCACCUGGUCGUCCUCAAGUCUGGGGCAGGCUGUUGUACCCUGGGGUCUGCGGAAGCUCCUGAACUGGGUGAGCCAGAGAUAUGGAGGUGCUCUGCCAAUCAUUGUCACAGCAAGUGGGGUCGAUGACCAGGCUCCUGUGGAGGACAAACUUAGGCAACACUUUCUCAGGAGUUAUCUGCAAGAGGCCUUAAAAGCUCGCCAAUUAGACAAAGUCAAUCUGCAGGGCUUCUACGUUUGGAAACUGCAAGAUGGACAUGCCCCACAGUUUGGCCUCUUUACCUCCACCGACCACAAAUCCAAGGCCAAAGCCUCCAUCGCUGUGUACAACAAAAUCAUCACUCUUGGCGGUUUCCCUGAGGAUGAAACCAUGCAGACCUGCAGGUUAAGCGAGCUUUAUGAACCUUGCUCAGUAUGUGCAUGGAUGUUCAAGAACAAAGCAAUAUUGGUCUUCGGAGGUUGCAUCCUAAUAACGGCUGUUAUGUUGGCAACACUGGUCAUCUUUGUAAUCCACACAAAGACGAACCAGACAAAAGUCAGGGGGAGAGGGGUGAAAAGGAGGAGAAAAAGGGAAGGAGUCCCUGUAUGCUUGUGUCCACAUCUGAAGUGCUAACUGUAGAAACAAUGUUUCUCUAAUGUGUAGCAGACAAAAUAUGUGCAGCUCAUUGACAGAGAAGAAAAAUGAUACUGUAGCAAUUAUGUUUGUGUUUGGGACAAAUGUGUGAUCAGUUUACCGACAAAUACUGUCAGACACAGGGUUAAUAUGGAGUUUGAUUGGUUAUGAAAAUUGGGAAACACUUUAUUUGUUUUAUAUGUUAAAUGAGUUACAUUUACUCAAUGCUGAAGACUCUCAAUGGCUCACAUGUUUCAUAGUUUUCUUCAAAGGGGAAGAACAUGCAUUUCUGAACAAGUAUUCUUUUGGAGUCAGUGAUGAUUAUAUUGUGUAGAUCAAACUAGAAUGGACUCAAAUAAAUUAUUUUAAAUGAA